ACGCAGUUUUUAUUUUUGUUUGAUUUCAAAUUUAAAUUUAAACAAGUCCAAUUUGGACUUUAGAGCAGGUCAUAACUCCGGUCCUUCUAGAAACAUCUCAGCCGUCCUUGCUCCUUUCCUCCCCUAACUACCGAGCUCCGCCUAGCCGUCGUCGGCGCCGUGAAGUCGCUGGUUGAUCUGUGCUCAUGCUAGGGUUUCGAUUGAUGCAUUUUCGUUAUAUGUGCACAUGAACUUUUAAAUCUAUGUGAAAUCUCUCGAAUCGUCAAUUUUCGUGCCCUAGCAGGUUUUUUGCUUAAAUAAACUCUUGCAUUUUGAAUUUUGAAUGUCGGAGCCGCCGAGAGUUGUGCAAUUGACGAUGGAUGGUGCUGAUUCAGAACCACGACCGGUUCUGGGGCCCGCGGGAAACAAGACGAGAUCGGUAGUGGAAUUGCGUAAACCGGCUGCGAAACCUAAGAGUAAAGUCGGAAAACCGGAGGAAAUUAAGAAAUCGCCGUCGACAGUCACUGUUAUUGUCAAUUCUCCUCUGCAUUCUAAAUCAAUAACACCUCCGCCUCCGUUAAUUUUGAAGCAUAAGGAUUCUAAGUUGUUGAAGUCGAACUUAUCGAUGAAUGCGUCAUGCUCAUCGGACGCCUCUUCCGAUUCUUCACACAGUCGAGCGUCUACUGGGAAGGUUAGAAGACGGUGUGUGACACCUACAUCGAUUCGGGGGAAGCAAUCUGUUGUUCCGAAAACAGGAAAGCUUGAUAAUGCUUUGAAAGCAGUUUCAAAAACUGGAAAAGUUGAGAGUGCUGCAAGAGGUGAAAAACUUGAAAAUGUUGUUGUGGAGACUGAUAGUUCUUUGGAAUCUUCAGCUGAUGCUUCAUUGGGACGGAAGAGAUGUGCUUGGGUUACUGCUAAUACGGAUCCUUGUUAUACUGCUUUUCAUGAUGAAGAAUGGGGAGUCCCAGUACACGACGACAAGAAACUGUUUGAAUUACUCAGUUUAUCGACUGCAUUGGCUGAACUCACGUGGCCCACUAUUCUCAGCAAAAGGCAUUUAUUUAGAGAUGUGUUUCAUGGAUUUGACCCAACUGCUGUCUCAAAGUUGAAUGAUAAGAAAAUAGCAGCUCCAGGGAGCCCUGCUGCUUCUCUUCUCUCAGAAGUAAAAUUACGAGGAAUUAUUGAAAAUGCACGCCAAAUUUGCAAGAUAGCGGAUGAGUUGGGGUCGUUUGACAAGUACAUAUGGGGGUUUGUGAACCAUAAACCCAUCGUGAACAAAUUCCGAUACCCACGUCAAGUCCCAAUCAAGACAUCAAAAGCAGACUCAAUAAGCAAAGACCUGGUCAAACGGGGCUUACGUGGCGUGGGCCCCACAGUCGUUUACUCCUUUCUACAAGUGGCUGGCCUUACAAACGACCAUCUCGUUAGUUGCUUCAGGUUCCAUGAAUGUGCACUAGUAGAUGUCGUGGGCCCGGGGACCACAAAUGAUGGGUUGGGGUUGGGGGGGUUAACCAUAACCAGGGUUAUGGAUGACUUGACUUUAUCGGGUGAGUGACUUGUGGCUAGUUAGUUAUUGGCAUUGCUACAAAUUGUUGAUGUGGGAACAAGUAAGUAAUUGCCUUUGCAAGAAUGUAUGUGUAGAAAUUGUUGUAUUAAUGCCAUGCUGUUUGUAGAUUGUAGAGUAAAUGACAUAUACAUAUGAGAAUAUGAUGAUGAUGAUGAUGAUUGUGAGAUGUUAUUCUUUA